CGGUCUAGAGCAGCGCUCGGCUCGGCGCCGCGGGCGCUCUGCUUCACCUUCAGAUGCGCGGGGCGUGCGCGUCCUCCUCCCGGGGCCCGCCGCCUCUCCUCCAAGGUGCUUGCUGCCGUCUCUUACAUCCCAGAAUAUGCACCUACUCAUCACAAAUACCUCUCUCCCCUCUGGGCAGCAGGAGCCCCUCUGAAAAUGGAGAGAUAAGACACACCCUCCGGCCCUCGAGACACAAGGCUGUGCUGUGACCCCCCCGCCCCCCCAUCGUCCUCAUGGAUCGCAGCAGAGAGGCUGAGAUGGAGCUGAGGAGAGCGCCCAGCCCACCCAGGGCUGGCAGGAGCCACGAGGUGGAAGGGGACAAGGCCGCGUGCCACAGCUGCUGCAUCUGUGGCAAGAGCUUCCCGUUCCAGAGCUCCCUGUCCCAGCACAUGCGGAAGCACACGGGAGAGAAGCCCUACAAGUGUCCCUACUGUGACCACAGGGCUUCCCAGAAGGGCAACCUCAAGAUCCACAUCCGCAGCCACCGCACGGGGACUCUGAUCCAGGGGCACGAGCCAGAGGCAGGCGAGGCUCAGCUAGGUGAGAUGCGUGUCUCUGAGGGCCUGGAUGGGUGUGCCAGCCCUACCAAGAGCACCUCAGCCUGCAACCGCAUGCUGAACGGGGCCGUGCCGAUGGACAACAGCAAGAUCCUGCUCAGGAGCAGCCGCAAGGAGGCGGAGGGGGCGGCCGGUGCCCAGGAAGAUGCCGAGGCCGUGGUGCAGUGUUCCUUCUGUAAGAGCCGGUUUGAACGCAAGAAGGACCUGGAGCUGCAUGUGCACCAGGCCCACAAGCCAUUUAAGUGCAGGCUGUGCAGCUACGUCACCUUGCGGGAAGAGUCUCUGCUGAGCCACAUCGAGAGGGACCACAUCACCGCACAGGUGCCCAACGGCAGCGAGGCCUGUGUGGAGAACGGCAAACCCGAGCUGAGCCCCGGGGAGUUUCCGUGCGAGGUGUGCGGCCAGGCCUUCAGCCAGACCUGGUUCCUGAAGGCCCACAUGAAGAAGCAUCGGGGCUCCUUUGACCACGGCUGCCACAUCUGUGGCCGGAGAUUCAAAGAGCCUUGGUUCCUCAAGAACCACAUGAAGGCCCAUGGACCCAAGGCAGGAAACAAGAACAGGCCCAAGAGUGAGCUGGACCCCAUUGCCACCAUCAACAAUGUGGUGCAGGAGGAGGUCAUCGUCGCUGGCCUGUCGCUCUACGAGGUCUGCACAAAGUGCGGGAACCUGUUUACAAACCUGGACAGCUUGAAUGCCCAUAACGCCAUACACCGCAAGGUUGAAGCCAGCCGGACACGAGCCCCGGCUGAGGAGGGGGACACCGAGGGCCCCCUGGACACCAAGCAUUUCUUCUUACAGUGCCUGAACCUGACACCAUACGUGGCUGGUGAUGUGUCCCCCAGUGGGCAGGCUGGACGGCGGGUGGCCGAGUUGGACCCCGUCAACAGCUAUCAGGCCUGGCAGCUAGCCACCAGGGGCAAGGUGGCUGAGCCGGCUGAGUACCUCAAGUACGGGACCUGGGAUGAAGCGCUGGCAGGGGAUGUAGCCUUUGACAAGGACAAGCGCGAGUAUAUCCUGGUGAGCCAGGAGAAGCGCAAGCGUGAACAGGAUGCCCCUUCUACCCAGGGUCCCCCCAGGAAGAGGGCCAGUGUGCCUGGGGACCCCAUGCUUCCUGGCCACCUUGACCCCCGGCCAGCCUCACGCCCCAGCCGCAGGGCCACGGCCACCACUGGCCAGGGCAAGUCCUCCGAGUGCUUCGAGUGCGGCAAGAUCUUCCGCACCUACCACCAGAUGGUGCUCCACUCGCGCGUGCACCGCCGUGCACGCCGCGACAGGGAUCCCGAAGGAGACAGAGCAGUGCGUGCCCGCUGCGGCUCACUCAGCGAGGGUGACUCAGCUUCCCAGCCAAGCAGCCCCGGCUCAGCCUGUGCCAUCGCUGACUCCCCAGGCUCUGGCCUGGCCGAAGAGGUGGUGGAUGACAGUGGAGAGGAGGCUGUGCCUGAACCCGCGCCAGGGGGCCAGCCACGGCACUGCUGCUCUUCGGGAGAGGUGGCGCCCACCGCGCUCUCCAACGGAGACCAGAGUCACACACUUGGAACGAUCCUGCCAGAGAAAGACAUCAGCGAGCCCAAGGUGGGGAUCGCCACGCCAUCCGUGUCCAUACUUGAAAACAGCAGCAGAGAGACUGCCGAGGGCCCCGAGCAGCGUAGAUUUUCUCUUGACUUAAAGAUGCCAGCAUUUCACCCCAAGCAGGAGGUGCCCAGCACUGCUGACCGGGUAGACUUCCCUCCGAGCAUGGAAAUAGCUAGCCUGCAGCUCACCUUGGACAGCCAGGCUGGGCAUUCGAAAGAAAAGCUGUCCGAUUUGCACAAGGAGCACUAUGGGGCCGGGAAGCGGGCACCUGCCCCUGACCUGGUUCCACUGGACUUGAGUAUGAGGUCGAGCCGGGAUGACCCCAGCAGUAAGGACGCCUGCUCCCUGCAGGCGGCCCUGGUCAUUCACCCGUGUCCUUACUGUAACCACAAGACCUACUACCCCGAGGUCCUGUGGAUGCACAAACGCAUCUGGCACAGGGUCAGCUGCAGCUCUGUAGCACCCCCUUGGACUCAGCCUAAUGGCCACAAGAGCAUUCGCAGCAGCCUGGUCUUCCUUGCUCGCAGCGGGCGCACGGGCCCUCCGCCUGCUCUUGGGGGCAAGGAGUGCCAGCCCCUGCUCCUUGCUCGCUUUACCCGCACCCAGGUGCCAGGUGGGGUGCCAGGGUCAAAGGGCAGCUCUUCCCCGCUCGGGGUCACCACCACAAAAGCCGCUAGCAUGCCUAAGAAUAAGGAGAGCCAUUCUGGGGGCCCCUGCGCUCUGUGGGCCUCUGGCCCCGAUGGAUAUCGACAGACCAGAGCUGGCCAUGGCCAGGAGCCUUCCGGCGCUGUUGGGCAGGGACCUCUGGCCAAACCCAAACAGGAGGCCAGCUCCAAGUUGGCACCUUCCCCGGGCAGUGGGGGCCUCAGCAGAAGUGCCACCCCUACACCCUCGGUUAUAACCCGUGUGGGUGCCCAGCCCUCAGCCAAUAGCAAGCCGGUGGAGAAACUCGGGGUCCCUGCAGUGGGGGCUGGCUUUGCCCCUCCGAAUAAGCACAGUGCCCCAGACUGUCUGAAAGCCAAAUUCAGUCCUCAGCCUCAGGGUCAGCCUCCCACGAAAGGUGAAGGAGGCUCCCCUCUACCUCCCCGAGAACCCCCCGUGAAGGCGGCCCAGGAGCUGAGAACACUAGCCACCUGUGCAGCGGGGUCCAGAGGGGAUGCAGCCUUGCAGGCCCCACCUGGUACGCCCCCCAUCUUACACUCCAUCAAGCAGGAGCCGGCAGCUGAGGGGCAGGAGAAACGCUUGGACAUCCUCAGUAUCUUUAAGACGUACAUUCCAAAGGACUUCGCCACACUCUACCAGGGCUGGGGUGUCAGCAGCCCCGGGCCUGAGCACAGAGGGACACCGCGGACACAGGCCCGCCAGGGAGGCUUUGUCUGUGUGGAGUGCGGCAAGAGUUUCCACCAGCCCAGCCAACUCAGGGCCCACCUUCGGGCACACACAGGGGAGAGACCAUACUACCCCAGGGACUGUGCCAGCGGGGCCUCUCCGAAAGGGGACCUAGAGACACGCCUCCAGCGCUCAGCCCGUGAUGGUGUCGACAGUGGCCUCACGGGCGAUUGGAAGGCUCCCAGCGGUGACCAUGGCCACCUUGGGGAAGAAGAGCCAGGGUCUCCUGACCAGAUACCUUAGACCCGGGAGCCGCUGCGCUAGAGCAGGCCAAGGGAGAUGCCUCCCUUGGUAACAUUUAGGGACAGCGAAGAUGCUAUGCCUAGAAUCCCGUGUAGCUCUUUCACACACAUGUAUGUGCUCAUCCACCAUGGCCUGUGUUUCCUCAUGAUAAGCAGUGGUAUUGGCAGGCACAGUGGGAGCUCAAGGCAUCUGUAUUACUCAAGACAAGCGUGAGACACUGGAAAAAAGAUACUGGUGUGUUUUGGAUGGAGUGGAGACCUAAGCACUGUGGGAGGUGUCCAGUGCUUAGAGGUGACGCUGUCAGGACGUGGGGAGUGGAGGCCGCUGAGGGCCCGCACUCCCGCCUCUCCCUGCCUCAGUGGGUAUUUAGUAGCAGGUAAGAUGGAGGGUGUAUUCAGGAGCUGUAAGGCUUGGUGGUGCUCAGGCUCGGUAAGGCAGGGCGAUGGCGGAUCCUCACAGUUCCGAGGUCUGGCCGUGACCCGCUCUGAGCCGUUCAUGUCAUCCUCAUGCUCUCUCUGUGUUUUCGCCGUUUGGGCUGCGUCUGGCACAGGAAACACGGCAGAGAUGGGAACACAUAGAAAUCCGCUUUGGAAAAGAGAGUUAGUUGAACACUAAGAAGAGCAGGCGUCUUUGUUUAUUCUCAGGACCUUUUUGUAACAGGGCUACAUUCUGCAAACUGCUCACAAAAGAAGACUACACGUCUUAACAGAUUAAGCCACUGAAUCCUCCCAGUUUGGGCCUGUUUUAGUGAUGGCAGAAGAAUCCUUGAGCAGUUUGGGGGCCCUAGAUCAUUAGGGUGCUACUGCCCUGGAACCUUCUCUUCCCCUCCUCCCCAUCCCAGCCUCUCCCCUGCAGCACCCCGGCAAAUAGAUGUCUUUCCCUCUUGGGCCUGGUGCCCACCAUUGGCCUAGUGGCUUUGUUCCUAGGUUGGUGGGAGGGCACCAGGCCUGAGGGCGAGGACGGCUUUAUAUACCUCUUCCUUAGUCACGCGAGUUCACGGUUCUGCGGUGGGGUGAAGGCCCUGGCAGAGGCUCUGAGCCCACGCAGCCGCGUGUGCGCUCGGAACUGUAUUCCGCAGGUAGCAGCGUCCCCCUUCCCCAUUGCUGUGACACUGUGUGUGAUGGCGAUACUUCUGCAAGUUCCAGAUGUUUGCACAUAGGAUUUUAUGCAUUAUCAGAAGUUACUGCUGCCUUGAAUGAAAACGUUCUGUGAAAUUUUUUGCAAAAGCUUUACUAGUUUUUUUUUUUAUUGUGAAAUUUUGUAAAGGCAGGAAAUGGAUUAAGACGAGCAUGCUAAAUAUAUUUUUCAAAAAAAGAAGCAAUAAUUUUACAUGUACAGAAAUUAUCCUAACCUUUAAUAUACUGGCGAGAGCGACAGUUUACUUAACACAGUAAUGGAUCAGUGCAGUUUUUGUAGGAAAUGGGCUUCUGAUACAAAGACUUGUUUAAACACACAUGUAUACAUGAACCCUGGCGUGUGGUUUCUCUGUUCUAAUAAUGUUGGAUUAUUAUUAUAUUAUUAUUAUUAUUGUUAUUGUUAUUGUUAGCUAAUGUUUGAUUCUGGAUUCUACUUGUUGCUGUUUUAAUUACUUGACCGUUCAGGUGGCUGUGACACUUGCAGACAAUGCAAUGUUAACUGGCUAGCAGAUACAUAUAUACAUAUCUAUGUGUAUAUAUAAUUAUUUUUUUUACUUAUUUUUUUCCUGAUACGCCUACACCAGGUAUGUAUGAGAACGGCUUGCCAUGUCCGAGUGCUUGGGAAUAUUGAUCGUUCUGAGACAUUACCUUGAGCAGGUCGCAGAGACACAUUCCUCUCUCCACCUGAGGCAGCAGAGUACUGUUCUGUUGAUUCGUGUUCGAUCAUUUUGAUAGCUCGCCCCACCGUUUCUGCAUUCUCUGGCUUUUUGUUUUCUUGGCUGAAAGUAAAGGUGACAGUUAGGAAUGUGCAGGGGCCUGUGGUUUGGGCCCCAUCUCUAUCUGUGUUUUAGUUAUUAAAAAAUUCUGUACACAAAGGGACACAAAGGUGUCGUCUGCGUUUUUACUGUGUCUGAAACUGCACUUGGCAUUGAAGCUGGAAGGGUCUGUCUUCCAGUGGGGCCUCCUUCCCAGUUGGUCUAGGGAAAGAGGGGUGCAUGGGGUCCCUGCAGCUGAGGGUCUGUCUGAAGAGCAGCCAGGAGAACAGCCAAUCCCAGGAUAACCUGCUCCUCAAAGCACAGAGAUACAGUUUUCAUGUAGCCACAAGGCCGUGAGCAACGCCCUCCCAUCCCCCCAGCUCACACUCCUCCUGGGACCAGCUACGUGCUGGCCUGGGUGUAUGGCCUCUUUGUCCCACUGACCAUCAGUAUUGGACCGGUUUGUUAAUUCAUUUAUGUCAGCUCAACCCUAGUAUUUAAUAUGAUUUGUGUUUUCUUAUUUAUUUAGCCAGUCUGUUUUGAUUUGCUCCCUCUGCGAUAAUUUCCACAUUUCUGACUGUUACAGACUUCCUACUACCUCUAUGAAUCUGCUGUCUCCUUGUUUCCUAACGGGACUUUUACAGUGUUGGUCUAAUGUGACUUAGACAAUAAAGGGUUUGGUUGUCUACACUGCAGCCGCUCUGUGUGUCUCCCCUGCCUUCUGCCCCGCGCUCUUCCUGGUUCCUGCCUCCCUCCCUCCCUGCCUCGCUCAGUCCACCUUUCACCUCUCUCUUGCCUUUUUCUUACCUCCUCUCUUACACAUCUUCCUCAUUUCAAUGGCAAAUAACACAUUUCUCAAACCCUUUCUUAAUUCAGAGAAUGAAGAUUUAAAUUCACAAAUAAUAAACAAAUCGUGGGUUCUAACUGUCUCCCCUGGGGAGUUGCCCAGUGUACCUGUCCACACUUCUGCUGGCUCUCGGAAGUCUCUUCCGUCUUAGGUGGAGACAGUUCAGCCUCCCCUGCACAGUACAGUGUCCAGGUCAAGUGGGCUUCACCUUUUUGGUUCUGAAAAGUAGUAGAUAUUUUAAGAAAUUUUCCCCAAUAUUUACUUAUUUAUUUUUUAAGUCCAGAAAGACACUGGUUUCUGAAACUUAGGUGCUCAGGCAGCACAAGGUCACUUCAUACCAAUGAGAGUGCCAGUGUUCUGUAGGCUGCAGGGAGGCCUCUUCAGAUUGGCUGCUGGGAGGCGCUGGGGCAGGAGUCACAGGCCUUUCAGGGGCCCUGUUGAGCAGAGCAGGUGGCCGGUUCUACCUUGGCCUCUCCAGGGCUGGUAGCUGUGAUCUUUUCUCCUCCUUGGAGCCAGGAGGAUGGCUAUGCUGGGCAGAUGAGGGUGUCUUCCAAGUCGCACAGUUGGUACAGUUCUCUAGGAAGAAGCACCCCUGCCCUUGUGAGGAACUCUUGACCAGCCUCUGUAAGACAAGACCCCUCCCUGCCACCACCACCUGCAGAACGUGAUUGGUUUUUAAUGCUUACAAAUCCAGCAACUUCUAAUAGUAACUUUUAUUUGCUGAGGAAAAAACAAAACAAAGAAAAAGGCCCUGCAGACAAGGCCUCUCCCACCAUGGGUGAUGCUGCAAACCGCAGAGCCUCCGGGACAUGCCUGCAUGAAGUGACCACCAAGCAAAGGUUCCUUCUUCACCAAUUUCACUAAUUAUUCUCUGAGGUGGGAAGAUGCAGAAGACCAUAGAGUUUGUAUUUCUUUUUAAAAAUACAAUUUAUAAUGCUAUAUUUUGUACUCUUUAUAUUAGAAUCUGUAACUAGAUUGAUGUAUUUAACUAUUUCUGAGAAAAAAUUCAAUGUUACAGCUGUGUGAUAAAAGAUAUUUAGAUAAAACAUAUUCACGCUAUUGGAAUUUGAAAUAAAUAAAAACAUCUUGGAGUUGUAA